UUUGGCAGACUUUACCUUCAUAGAAAAGACUUUUUGUCCUGUCUUCAGGCGGCAUCCUUCUACUGUGACAAGAUGGGCUUUGAGCCUCUGGCCUACAAGGGCUUGGAGACUGGCAGCCGAGAGGUCGUCUCACAUGUCAUCAGGCAAGAUAAGAUCAUAUUUGCAUUUGAUUCUCCACUCAAUCCUGGAAAUGAAGAGAUGGGAGCGCACUUGAUGAAGCACGGAGAUGGCGCCAAAGACAUCGCGUUCCAAGUGGAGGACUGUGACUACUUAAUCAAGGUAAAAUGAGGUGCAUUUGAACUGUUACAAAUUACAUCACAUGCCAGAAAGCCACAGCACAUUCUCUGAAACGUCUCUAAAACUCUGCAAAUACUAACCGAUUCAACUGGAGGCAAAGGAAACUUGGUGACUGAAGCAAACUCAAUUGCCUGUCACAUUACAAAACUUCGAUUUAACAUUCCAAACUAUCAUACACGUGUUAAAAAAAGUUAACCACUGUAUAAUAAAGCAAAUAUAAACCUAAAAUACUGUAAAUUAAAAACUACUCACCCUUUGAAGAUGCCUGAUUAACGACGGUGUAAGAUUUUUCCGCAUCGAUACACCUAGUGGUCAUUUAUAGGUACUACUACAAAGAAUACAGUCGGUUGGCAGCAUUUAAAAAAAAACAUCUUAAUAUUUU